AUGCUGCUGCCGCUGCUGGGCGCCUGUGCUGUGGUGGGGCCAUUCCAGGGUCCUGAGUGGGAGCCAGUUCGGGGCCUGAUCUCACAGGAUUGCAGCUGUAGAGACCCCCGGUGCUGUGGCAAUCUGCUUGUUCUCUGCCUCUUUCUGAUCUGGCAGGUCCGGCACUAUUGGCACCACUUCACCAGGAAUCGCCUGCGCAGAAGGAGUAUUAUCAAGGUGCCAUCGCAGAAGUGGGCAAUGCCCUCCAUGAGAUGUGAAAUUUUCUUUAGGCUAGCUCCUGAAUUCGUCAGUCCUGGCGAUUUCAGAGGCCGUGAUGCUCAUGUCCAACAAUGGGUACAAAAGCAGAGGUGGAGAUACCGAAAGAGCCUUUUAGAAUCAUGGACCCAGAACCUGUUCUCUUCACAAAAUCUGCUUCAGGACUCAUCUUGGGGUGCUCACACCUCACAUGAUCCCGUCUUUUGUAUCUCCUCCUUUUCAAGCACCUGUCCACUCUCUCAGGACAGUUCCUGGGAAACAUGGCAGGUAUCCUGGUGUCUCAAGGGCAGCCAGACUCACUCUGCCCUAGACACAUGCCAAAGGAUUGGGCGACUGCUGGUUCACUCCCAAGAGAAGUUGGUACCUCUGGAGCAUGUCCUCAGCAGAAAAAUCUGUUCCCCUCCCACGACAUUUGUCAUCUCUCUCCCAAAGCUCCCUUCAGCUCAGAGGCUACAAUUCUGCUCUGGACAGUUUCUGCCUUAUCCUGCCCACCAACAAAUGGAGAAGAGUGGGGGUGGGGGUACUUUGGAGAUACAGACAUUUGAGAGGAAGAACAAGAAAGAGCCCAGAAAGGAGGAAGAGGGAGAGAUUCAGGCCCAUGGACUAGGGAAGCAGGGCCAGACUGGAGAUGAGAAUGCUGUAGAGGCCCAGACUCCAGAGUGCAGGAAACAAAACCAGACUGGAGGUGACCCUAGUGCAGAAACUGAGGCAGAAGAAGGGAGAAACAAGGAUCAGAUUGGAAAUGAGGAUGCUGUGCAAACCCCGACAUCUGGGAGGGAGAACCUGGAAGACGUCAAACAAGAGAAUAGAACAGGGAGCCAGGCCCUGGGAUGGGGCAAACAGGAAUGCAGCAGAAGUGAUAAUAUUACAGAAAUCCAGGCACUCAUGGGGGAGAAACAGGGUCAGGGUGGAGGUGAGAAUGCCAGAGAGACUCAGGCAUCUAGGGGAGAGAAACAGAAACUCUCAAGACAUGCAGUUCAAGUGAGGAGGAAGAAGUUGAAGGAGAUAAGAGAGGAGGAUUGGGUGGUGAUCCAGACACCCUGGUGGGGAAACCAGAGCCCAGUAACGAAUGAAAUUGACAGACAAUUCAAGAUAUUAUGUUGGGGGAAUAAGAACCAAAUUGGAGGUGGACCCAGAGCAAAAAUUCAGUCACCAGAGGAGAAAGAUAAGAGGAAGGAUGGAGAUGAGGAUGGUAUAGAUACCCUGGUGCUUGAGGCAGAGAACCAGGGAUUAUUAAGAAAUGAAGUGAAUGAGGAGACCCAUUCAGCAGGAAGGAAGAAUGAGGAGCAAUUUGGAGUUGAGAAUGGAGCAGACAUUCAGGCACUAGGGAAGAGAAAUCCAAGAGAGUUUAAAGACAAGAAUGCUACAAUGAACCAGGAACUUGGGGGAGAAAAUCAGGGUCAGUUAGAAAAUGAAUUCCAUGGAAAUAUUUGCAUACCACAGUGGAAGAAUCAGGAGCAUAUUAGAGGCAAGGAUGGUGCAAACACCCAGAUACCUGAGGCAAGGAACUGGGGAGAAUUAACAAGUGAAAGUGAUGGAGAAACCCAUUCAGCAGGGUGGAAGAAAGUAGAGCAUAUUGAGGGUGAGAGUAGUGCAGAAAUUAUGUUACAAGGGAUGAGAAAUCUGAGAGAAGCAGAAGAGGAGGAUGGUAUAGAAACCUGGGAAGGUGGGGAGAGAAGCCAGAGUCACUCAGGGAGUGAUAUAGAUAGGAUGAUUCAUUCAUCACAAUGGAAAAACCAGAAGCAGAUGGAAGGUAAGGAUGGAACAGAAAUUCUGUCCCCAAAGAAGAGAAAACAGAGAGAACCUGAAGGUGAGAAUGAUAUAAAAACCCAGAAGCCUGAGAACCAGGGACAAUAUGAGCCCUUGGGACAAGAACAGGUAGCAGCUGUAGACAGGGUAGCUGAGGCUUCCUGUCCUGAGAUGAAGCCUCGCCCCCACUUGGGUGAAGUUUUCUUGCUGGCUACUGGGGAGGGAGAGCAUUUGACCAGCAAGGGCAUAGCCCCUGCCAGGGAGUACAAAGCCCGGGUCAGACUAACCUCCCAGCAGGCCCAAACAGGAUCCCGGAGAAAACCACAAAAGCACAAAGGGGUGGAUCCAGGAAAGAUCCACAGAGUGACACAGCCCCAGAACCCACAGUCUCUGGCUGCUCCCUUUGGCAAGCCCUCUGCCUGUCCCUCUCUUCUAUGUGGCCAAGCCCUCCAAGCUACCASUACUUUGGUGGGUAUUCCAACUACCCUCACCAUCCCGCCCAAGUGGCCAGUCCUCAAGAAGAGCAAACGACUGCUCUUGGAGUCCCUCAUGCGUCGAAGGAUUGCACAUCUGAAGUGGGGCCUCCCCCGGCGCAUCCUGGAAUCUUAUUUGCUCUUUAGCUUCUUCGGAUCUUGCUCACUCCCCUGGGCUGGGGUGAGGCUGCCUGAAUUAGGCAAAGGCCAGGAACUCCAAAGACAGCAGGAAAAGCACUGUGAGGCCCAGGGCUCCAUGCCAGGCUUUAAAUCUCCAGAGAGGUUCCAAAGGGUUCUGCCCUCUGAUGGGAAAAGAUCAAAACUUCCUACACAGGCCAGGGCUUUGGAGAGGUGUAGACCACACAGGUCAGAGCCAAUGGGCACUUCCAUUCCACCUGAGAAACCCAGGAGAAAUAGACCACCAGGGGGCGCCAGAGAACCACAGAUCCAGGAAGAGGCCUCUAAGGCCAAACUCCCUGUUCCCAAGAAUCCCAGGCCAUCGGCAGAGUCUGUGAACUGGUGCUCCCCAGAAAGAGUACCAGAGCCUUCCAGUGAGAACAGUAAGGGCAAGAAAGUGAUCAGGCCAGAUGUCUCCCAGAAGGCAGAGAGGGUUCCCAGAGAAUUGAGGACCUCAUCUUCCAGGGCCAGCCAUGACCCCUGGAAGAAGGAACACAUACUCUGGGAGACCUCUCAGUUCCCCAGACAUAAAUAUCAGCAGCCCACACGCUGGAGAAGAGAAAGCCUGGAGCCUGCAGAGGACAGAGGAGCUAGGCAGCUGCCUCCCUCCGUUUCCACAGACUCCUCCAGCAUUAAAGGAAGUCUCUACUCUAAGACAGCCAAGCUGAGCAUGACCCUCCUGCGUAAAAUGUCCUGGUCCCCACAGCUGGCCAAGCCCAGGAACUCAGUCCCUAGGCUUUCCAGAGUGGGUAACCCUCAUGCUCGGGAGGACAGCAUCAGAGUCCAUACUGCUUCGGAGAGGGACCAUCAACCACCAGGGCACUGUAGUGCUGGGGUUUCUCUUCCUAGGACAAAGACCCCCCAGGGUCAGAGACCCCAUGGGGCUCCAAAGAAUUCAUCAGCUCCUAAAAAGUUUGGUUUUAUGAAGCGUUUGAGAUGUUUUCUCUUCCAAUGUGGUCUUAAAAAGUAG